AUGCGACCAGCCCCUGUGCGGGUGCUCGCCACCUCGCCGCGGGGGGUUGUGCUCGACAAGCCCUCGGGCGUGCGCACGGAGCGGCUGCUCGAGGCGGCGGCAGCGCAGCUGCGCCUCGACCUCCGCGCCGUCUCGCGGCUCGACAAGGGCACCUCUGGCUGCCUGGCGGUCGCUGUCGGCGAGGCGGGCUUCCAAGAGCUCAAGGCGGCCUUUGCCGGCCGCGCCGCGUACCUCUGCCUCGUCGAGGGCUUGCAGCACCAGAUCCGCGUGCACAUGAAGACGCUCGGCCACGCCCUCGUCGGCGACACGCGCUACUGCUCGACCAGCCGCCGGGUGCAGCGGCAGCUGGGCUGGUGCGGCGGGCGGCUCUUCUUGCACAACUGCCAGACGGCGAUCGAGCGCGACGGCGUCGGGCGGCUCGCGGCCCGCUCCCGCCUGCCGCCCGAGCUGCAGCUCGCCUUGCGAACCGCAGGGGCGGACGCGCCGCUCGAGGAGAUUUAUCGGUCCGAGAUAAAGCCGUAG